AAUUCAAACACCUUUUUGAUGACAAACAAACUUAGGAGAAUAAGUUUUUACCUUAAGAGAAAAAUACAAGUGAAACACACUUGAAGUUCUACCUCUCAUCUACACCGUGUCAUAGGCUGAGCAAGAUGGUCGGCCACGUUAUUGGAGUGCAGCAUUAGACUAUAAAUAUCAGCUACCUUCUUCUCAAAGCAUACCAUCACAUAAACUCCUGCAAUUUUCUCUUGUCAUUGUUUCUAUAUUCUAUCGACAAACUCCUUGCCUGGAAGGACAUGGCAUCAUCGUCGUCUCCUCUAGUAUUCUCGGUUAACCGGUGUGAUCCACAGAUUGUUCGGCCUGCAAACCCUACCCCGCGAGAGGUGAAGCAGCUUUCUGAUAUAGAUGAUCAAGAAGGCCUUCGCUUUCAAAUUCCUGUGAUAAUGUUUUACCGAAACAAUCCUUUAAUGGAUGGAAAAGACCCUGUAAAGGUCAUUAGAGAAGCUCUAGGUAAGGCGCUUAUAUACUACUAUCCAUUUGCAGGCAGGCUGAUUGAAGGGGAUAACAGAAAACUCAUGGUGGACUGCACCGGUGAAGGGGUCUUGUUCAUUGAAGCCGAUGCGGAUACCACACUUGAGAAUCUUGGUGAUGCAAUUCAGCCAAUGUGUCCCUGCUUUGAGGAGCUUCUGUAUGAUGUCCCUGGCUCCACGAGAAUUCUUGGUUCCCCUCUUAUCUUAAUUCAGGUGACCCGAUUGAGGUGCGGGGGAUUUAUAUUUGCACUGCGUCUAAACCACACAUUGUCUGAUGCAGCUGGUUUGAUUCAAUUCCUCAACACCAUAGGCGAGAUGGCUCAAGGUCUGUCCGUGCCAUCUCUGCUGCCCAUAUGGCAAAGAGAGCUGUUAAAUGCCCGAAAUCCGCCACAAAUAACCCGUAUACAUCAUGAAUACGAGAAGGUAACCAACACCAAGGGCACACUAAUGGCCAUGGACGAAAAUAAUUUGGUUCAUCGAUCCUUCUUCUUUGGCCGUGAGGAGAUAAGAGCACUUAGGAACCGACUUCCUGCAAGCCUCGGUGCCUGCUCAACGUUUGAGGUACUAAUGGCAUGUGUAUGGAGAUGCCGCACAAUUGCAUUUGCAGUAGACCCUGAUGAGGUUGUUGGCAUUUCAUGCAUAAUCAAUAUGCGAGGCAAGCACGGUUUGGAACUGCCUCCAGGAUACUAUGGAAAUGCUUUUGUGACUCCAGCUUCAAUUACUAAGGCUGGAAUGCUAUGCAAAAAUCCAUUGGAAUUUGCAAUAAGGUUAGUGAAGAAAGCCAAGGCGGAAAUGAGCCAGGAGUACAUUAAAUCAGUGGCAGAUCUUAUGGUCAUCAAGGGCCGGCCCUUAUUUACGCAGCCAGGGAACUAUAUUGUUUCAGAUGUAACGCGUGCAGGGAUUGGAGAGGUCGAUUUCGGGUGGGGGAAGCCAGUUUAUGGUGGGGUUGCCAAGGCUUCUCCUAUUAUUAGCUUCCGUAUGUGGUUCAGGAACAGCAAAGGAGAAGAAGGGAAUGUUAUACCUAUAUGCCUGCCUCCGCCAGUCAUGGAAAGGUUUGAACAGGAGCUAAAGAGAAUGACCAAAGAGGCAGAGCUGUUAAUUACAUCCAUGCCCUAAAUUAAGGAGAAUCUACAUGGAUUUUAAGAAUCAAGCAGUUUAAUUUGGCUUGAAGGCUUGAGUGCUGUUGAAUGCUUAUUUUGGCCAGUAGUGUGAGACAUUCAUCCUUUUAGGAAAGGAACUGAGCUAUGGAUUUCCAUGCAGUGUUUGCAAGUAUAAACAUGCCUUGAUAAACUCUAUUUGUUUGGGGAUGCAUGCAAGCAUUUAUAUCUCUUUUGAAGAGAGCUAUAGGCUAGGAAGACAAAAGGGUAGGUCUUCUUGGUGAUCAAUUUGUGUUUGCUAUACCUUUUGAGAAAUAUAAAUUUUGAUGUAGUGUCAAA